UCCUGCAGGCCUGGACGAUGGGCAACGUGAUGGACGGGAAGUCGGUGGAGGAGCUGAGCAGCACCGAGUGCCACCAGUGGUAUAAGAAGUUCAUGACCGAGUGCCCCUCCGGCCAGCUCACGCUCUAUGAGUUCCGCCAGUUCUUCGGCCUCAAGAACCUGAGCCCGUCGGCCAGCCAGUAUGUGGAGCAGAUGUUUGAGACCUUUGACUUCAACAAGGACGGCUACAUCGACUUCAUGGAGUACGUGGCCGCGCUUAGCCUGGUCCUCAAGGGCAAGGUGGAACAGAAGCUGCGCUGGUACUUCAAGCUCUACGACGUGGACGGCAACGGCUGCAUCGACCGCGACGAGCUGCUCACCAUCAUCCGGGCCAUUCGAGCCAUUAACCCCUGCAGCGACACGACCAUGAGUGCGGAGGAGUUCACCGACACGGUGUUCUCCAAGAUCGACGUCAACGGGGAUGGGGAACUCUCCCUGGAAGAGUUCGUGGAGGGAGUGCAGAAGGACCAGAUGCUCCUGGACACGCUGACCCGAAGCCUGGACCUGACCCGCAUCGUGCGCAGGCUCCAGAACAGCGAGCAGGACGGGGAGGAGGAUGGUGACCCGGCCACGGAGGCAGCCGGCUGAGCCCAGCGCCCGGCUGCC